CUGGUCUCAUUUGAACGGUCGCAAAGUCAGCGUGAAGCGUGCUGCCGAAGGCACGCACAUUAAGUUUGUUUGGUUAGUGGUUUGUUUCUUUCGGUGCACUAAAAAAGCGAUUCAGUUUUGGGAGGACAUUCCCUGGACAGUGUGGUUAUAUCCCUGUGCUCAAGUGCUUAUUCAAACAAAAAACUCCCUGUCUGCGCUUCUAACAGACGUGUGUGCACUGUUGUGUUUGGUGUGUAACGUAAAAAGGAUAUGUGAUCGAUGCCGUGCUCCUGGUUCGCUUCGUAACCAAAUCCGAUCAUCAAUCAAUACCGCUCGGCUGAUGAAGGAAUAACAAACGCGAGCCAAGAAAAAGAAAAGACAUAACGCCUUGUAACGCUUCAGUUUUUCCGGCUCACAAAUAAAAAGGACUUGUGGAGCGAAGAAACAGUAAAUCCUUUUCAAGGGUGCAAUCAAAAGCAAAACAGUGAAUCGAUCAACUUGGAUUUAAUCCUACCGUGUGUGUAUGUGUGUGUAUGUGUACUGUGGUGUAACGAAAGGACAAAAUAUUUGCGCGCUUGCGAAUCCUUUUACUUCGGUUAUCAAUCAAUCAAUCCACCUACAAUCAACCAAAACUAAGUGUUUGGUACAAAAGGUGACGUGCAUUGGCGGUGACGGUGGUAAACAAGUGUAACCAAAACUCUCGACCGAAAAGAAACCCUCGACAUUUUGGUUGACUUGGUACUUAGAGGUGCUAUGUGACAAAAGUAUGUGCUUGAAGGUGAACAACAAACAGCAAAGAUUCUAAAGUGUAAGCGUUUUGUAACGCUUCCUAGCCGGCACCGUACACGAUUGGUGGAUUUGAGGCCUUUGGAAGCACUCAUUACGGUGAAUUAGACCAGACGAGAUCCCAAACGAUGGGAUACACAUCGCAUCCCAAGUAUUGUUUCCCGAGCAAAGGUCGAGAGAGCGCCAUGAUAGUAGCGUUGCUGUUUGUCGCCUGCUGCACCGUGUCAUAUCCGUCUGUGGCGGCGAUUACGACGACGGACGCGUUAGUGGAGGCAACACACACAACGCUUCCAGUAACGCUUGGUGAGCGGGAACUGGACACGACACCGGACCAUUCGGUUGAUUUGAGCGAAGCGGAGACAAAGGACCCAACGCAACGGUUCGAGAUCAUCAAGCAGAUCCGCAAGGUGAACCAAGAUGGAUCGUAUACGGUCGGGUACGAGGCUGAGGAUGGUACGUUUAAGAUCGAAAGUCGGGAUGUGCUCGGUAACAUCAAGGGUACGUACGGGUAUAUUGAUGCGAACGGUGACAUUAAGCGUGUGUCGUACGGUGGUCAACCGACCCAAACGAUCCCGAUGGUAUCUACGCCACCGACAACCGAUGAGGAGAUCGUACACAUACCGCCAAGGUUUAACCGUACCCAGCAUCUUCUGAUGCCGACCACCCGCCGGCCACCAAACUAUCAUCCACCGCAGCAGCUGCAGCAUCAUCAGCAUCUGCACCACAAUCCACAGCACGCCAGCACACUCCGCCCGAGCGUCAUACAGACGAUACCGCGCAAACGCCACGGUUACACAUCGGCCUCCACCACAGCAACACCGAUGACGAGUACCGCGAGCACAACGCUAGCAAUGAACGGUGGUGGUAGCAGCACAUCCACAACGACCACGACAACGACCACUACGGAGAGCACGGUCACAUCGGCCGCGACCGAAACUGGCGGCCAUUUGGCAGCAUCGUUCGGUGAACCUACGGCGGCUUCGACGCACACCUCCACACUGCACACCAAACCCGGCACGCUGCUAAUAAUCCGUCCAACACCACUACCGUACCAGACAGGCAAGACGGCUGAACAGCUAGCCCGUCCCGAGCGGCUCGAAGCGGCCAAGUACACGCACGCACCGCCGUCGAAAAAACCCGUCCGUGGUAACUUCCUGCGCCGACAGCUUGCACCAGCGGUGAGCGAGUCCGGCGAGCAGUAUGAAGCCCAACCGCAGCAAAUCAUCUACGGCCAGUCGGCGGCUGACGGUGAGCUGAGCAGCAUCUUUGCCGGUGGGGCGAAACCACUCUACACCACCCAUCCGACACCGCGCAUACCAGCCGCCGUACUGGCCGCACGUCAGCGAGCCGCCCACAUCCAGAGCGUACUGCAAUCACAAUCCACACCCGGUGCGCUGCCCGAGCGGCUCACGACGGAGCGUGUGUACGUGAAGCAACCACCCCGACCACAGGCAGCCAACGGACACCGGCACGAACCGGCUCCGAUUCUCUACGAAACCUCCACCGAACCAAGCUCGGAACACAGCUACGUUACCGAUGGGCCUGCGUCUUCCUCCGUGGUGCAGAUACCGGCCGCCAACCGUGUACUGGCGGCAAACGAAGCCGAAGCUCAUGCCGAAGAACGGCGUCCCAUUUUCCGCCCGCGUCCGAUUGAGUUUCGCCCACGGGACGAUAGUGUCUCUCCUGCACCGGGACGGUUCCGCACACCGUACGGACUACCGCCACCGUAUGCACGAUCGUUUACACCACUGCCACCACCGCAGGAAUCGGCGUACGGUGGCCGCGUUGCCCCCAUCCCCGAUGUCGACGACAAGGAUCGUGAGGCGGAUGAGCCACAGCACCAACACCUAAACAGCAUCCUACCCUACCGACAGCAGCGUCGCCUCAACGGUGGUCUUAACCUUUCGCCGGGAGAUUCCAAUUACCAGCAACAGCAGCAGCAACCGCUUGGUGCGACCCAGCAACAGCAACACUCUUACCCGGUUCCGGUACCGUACAACCCGGCACAGUAUUCACCGCACGUAGGUGGGCGAAUUCCUUCCAAUCCGUACUAUUACGACAUUCCACCGGAGCGUCCGCUGACGGCGCGUGACUUCGAGCGCAUACUGCAGGUGCUCAUCUUCCGCCAUCAGCAGCAGCAGGUUGCCCAGCAGGUCUCUCGCUAUCGUCUCGGUGGCGGCUAUGGUGGUUACAAUGGUGGAUACCCGUACAAUCCUUACUUCCCGGGACCAUCACCGUCACCGUACGGGCUCGGUGGACCAUACCUCGGCGGUGGCUACCCACAGCAACAGAUCCCACGACCACCAAUUCCCUUCCCGUAUGGCGGUGGACCAUACGAUGGGCAGGGCUAUCAGAAUCCACUCUACAGUCCCUCGGCACCGAGUGCAAAUGUGCGCGGUGGUGCAGAUGGUGGCCAACCGGAUGCGGACGGUGGGUACGGCACAGUGUUGCCAGCCGCAGCCCGUCGCAACGGUCAGUACUAUCAGCCAGGGCUGGAUGCCAGUGCCCCAUCAGGAACGCUCCGAUCUGCCGACUAUCUGCCGCCGGAAGUACGUGAAAGUCUACUCUACCGUAUGCUGAUGCUCGCUAUACAAGCACCCGGCUCUGGUGAGGUACUCCCAUUGUCAGCACCAACCGGUCCGUCCAACCAACAGCUACCGCUUCACCAUCUCCAAGGUGCAUCGUCGAUGCCACGACCACAAGCGCAACCAAACCACCGGGACCACCAGACCCCGGGACAAGGUCGUCCAGAUGGGCAGAGUACGGUAACGGCAGCCGCCACCAUGCUACCGAUGUACAGCAAAAAACCCGUACGAAGUGUACAAAUUCUCGGCGAAGAGUGAAACAGGACGGCACCAAGUUCCAUCCAUUCAUCCCACCCAUGCACAUCCCGUGAUGUACUGUAGAGCUGUUGGUUGGUAUAGUGUGUGUACAAGAUUAGGCUGUUAGACUAGGGUGUCCCGAACGAGUGACUUGGGUUGUGGUACAGCCGCCGCAAUAUGGCUGUAACCGUCCCGUUAAAAGUUUUCUCCUUGUGUAGCAUUUAGUUUUUGUUGUAUUUGUUUUUUUUUUUUGCUUGAUGACCUAUUGGCCACACCGACACCAGUAGAAUAAGAUGUACCAAAGUUUAUUUCUCACGUCACAAAAACCACAACCGCACGAAUAUUAAAUUAAAUGCAAGGCUGUCAUUCUCAUGACGUGCUGCAUGCUGGUUGUAUUUUGCCUUUUAAACAUUCCAACAAUGUCGUUUUUCUUUUGCGUUUUUUGGUAACAAUGAAUGAAACCAGCCGAAACGAGAUGAUCCUUCUGCAGUCGAUAAGUAUUUUCCGCGAUUGUAUCUGCUUCUAACGUUAGGUAAAAUGUGCAAUCGAAAGCAACGCUGCGCUUCAAAAUUGUUACAAUGUUCGAGCUGCUUUCAAUCAAUAAAACAAAACGAUCAGAUUUAUGUGUAAGAUUUUUUUGGUUUUCUUGUUCUAUUCACGGAAAAGCUCCGGUAAGUAUUCCUAUUCUACAGUGAGGCAGACGAACACCUGUCAGAGCCAUUGCUACUUGGGAACUUUUUUUUUGCUGGGUUAGAACGGCCUGGCCGUAUCAAGACUUAUUUUACCACGUAGCAGGAUAGUCAGUCCAUGCUACGGGGGGACGGUCCGGAUGGGAUUUGAACCCGGUCCUGCCGUGUGGACGGGCGCCGUUCUUCACAUGCACCACCGGGC